AUGGACCCUGAUGCCUUCUCAGCGAGCUUAUUCAAGUGGGACCCAAGAGGGGCUUUAGCACAGCCCAACCGGCUGCUAGAAGCGGUGGCACCACCGCCACUGCCGCCACCAGCGACAUACUCUGUCCGGCCGAGGGAGCUGCUGGGAGGACUUGAGGAGCUAUUCCAAGCUUAUGGUAUCAGAUAUUACACAGCGGCAAAGAUAGCUGAGCUUGGUUUCACAGCCAGCACUCUGUUGGACAUGAAGGACGAGGAGCUGGAUGACAUGAUGAACAGUGUCUCUCAGAUUUUCCGGAUGGAGCUCCUCGUCGGUGAGAGGUACGGUAUCAAAGCUGCUGUUAGGGCCGAGCGCCGCCGCCUCGAUGAGGAGGAAGCACGGCGGCGCCACCACCUCUCUGCUGACACCACCAACGCCCUUGAUGCACUCUCUCAGGAAGGGCUGUCAGAGGAACGAGUGCAGCAGGAGAAGGAAGCGGCGGGAAGUGGCGGUGGAGGGACAUGGGAGGUGGUGGGAGGGGGUGGCAAGAAGCAGAGACGGCGGAGGAAGGCAGAGAUGAGAAUGACAUCGUUAGAGGAUGAUAAUGAGGAUGAGGCUGAGGAGGAUGGCAACACGGUCGGUGGCGGUGGCAGUGAGAGGCAGCGAGAGCACCCAUUCAUCGUCACAGAGCCCGGUGAGGUGGCGCGUGGGAAGAAGAACGGCCUUGAUUACCUCUUCCACCUCUAUGAGCAGUGCCGUGAUUUCUUGAUCCAAGUCCAGAACAUAGCCAAGGAACGAGGUGAAAAAUGUCCCACCAAGGUGACAAACCAGGUGUUUAGGUACGCCAAGAAAGCUGGUGCAAGCUACAUUAACAAGCCAAAGAUGCGACACUACGUCCACUGCUACGCGCUGCACUGCCUCGACGAGGAUGCGUCCAACGCGUUGAGGAGAGCUUUCAAGGAAAGAGGAGAGAACGUCGGGGCGUGGAGGCAGGCGUGUUACAAGCCCCUCGUGGCCAUAGCUGCACGACAAGGAUGGGACAUUGACGCCAUCUUCACCGCCCAUCCCCGUCUUUCCAUCUGGUACGUGCCCACCAAACUCCGCCAGCUCUGCCACACCGAACGCAGCAGCUCCGCAGCUUCAAGCUCCGUGGCCCCCCGUGGUGGCGACCUACUGCACUUCUAG